GACCACCAUAUGUGCGAGCCAUUGGACCCAUUAAAGCUGUCGCCGGCGAAGAUGUAACAGUACAUUGUCCGUUUUCCGGCUAUCCAAUAGAACAAAUUAGAUGGGAGCAAGGACAUCAUGAACUGACAACAAAUUCCCAUUACUCUUUAGCACCCGUCCAACAGGGAGGAUAUCUUGUCAUCAAGAAUGUUGAACCGACUCGUGACCAGGGCAUCUACACCUGUAUUGUUAAAGUUCGCACGGGAGAGGAAGCACGACGUGAUAUUCAAUUGAAUGUCAAUAGCCCUCCAGUUAUCGAACCAUUUAAGUUUCCCAAAAACCUGCAAGAAGGUGGAAGGGCACAAAUCACAUGUGCCGUAUCCUCGGGUGAUAUGCCCAUAUUUUUCAGUUGGAAAAAGGAUGACAUGUCUAUACCAUCAAGUCUACAGAUUUCCGAGAAAAAGGAGGAGUUUUAUUCGUUGCUUGUUUUUAAGGACAUCAGUGCUAAGCACAGUGGCAAAUACACCUGUUAUGCCAGCAAUGCUGCUGCCAAGGUUAACUACACAGCUGAAUUACAAGUUAGAGUUGCACCACGCUGGUCUUUCGAACCAAUGGAUACGGCCAUAAUGCUUGGCAAUACAAUAUCAAUAAACUGCGAGGCAGAAGGAUAUCCGAUACCGACGAUUACCUGGUUCAAAGGACAAGGUAAAUUGAAUACAGAUUUCAAACCUUUAAAUAUGCGCAACCAUUCGCUGGUACUCAACUUGGCGACCGACAUUGACGAGGGUUACUAUAUGUGUCAGGCUACGAAUGAUAUUGGAGCUGGUCUUAAGAAAAUUAUACGCAUCAAUGUCAACGAACCUGCACGUUUCGAACAAACAUCACGCAACGUCUCGUCGCGACGUAAUGAUGCUGUCACACUCGACUGUCAUGCCAAAGGUGAUGAACCCAUUAGUGUCGCCUGGACUCACAACAAUGCACGCAUUGAUUUGAAUAAUUUCCGCUUUAGCAUAGCGGAAAUGAAAACCGAAAAGGGUGUUGACUCGCAACUGACCAUAUCACGUUCGGAUCGUCACGAUUCGGGCAUUUAUAAAUGUGUCGCUGAGAAUCCAUAUGGCCGGGCGGAGCAAAUUAUCUAUUUGGCGGUGCAAGAGCGCCCGGACACCCCCUCAAAUCUGGAGGUAUUUGAAGUUGGUUCAAGAACAGUAAAAUUAUCAUGGCGUCGUCCGUUCGAUGGCAAUUCACCCGUACUCUCCUAUUUGGUGCAAUAUCAACCAUUGAAAUAUCUACAAUCUCAUACGGCACUGGGUUUGGCCGGCAGUGAUUGGAAUGGACCGAAUAUAAUAAAUGUAACAUUGCCAUCGACCAGUAUAAGUAAAAGCUAUGACAGCGACUUACGUGAAAGUGCCAUUGUAUCGGGCUUGACACCAGCCACUACCUUUCUGAUACGCAUGCAGGCCAUCAAUGAAAUUGAACGCAGUCCCUUUACCGAGCCAAUUGUCUUGAAGACCCAAGAGGAAGCACCCACCGAAGCGCCAUCCAAUGUCCAGGUGCAGACUGGUGGCGAAAGUGAAUUGAUUGUCACUUGGCAGAUACCACCACGUGAAUCCUGGAAUGGCGAACUCAUCGGCUAUACCGUCAACUGUAGCGAAGAAAAACAGAAUAUCAACUACAUUAGCGUUGUCAAUAAUUCACUGAAGUCUGUGAUUGUAAGUGGCUGGGCCACAACGAAGGCCACAUUACGUGGCUUACGAAAGUAUACCCGGUAUGCGGUUACGGUGCGAGCCUUGAAUAGUUUUGGUUCGGGACCAUGGAGUACGCCCAUCUUUGGGACAACAUCUGAGGGAGUGCCGGAAGCAGCACCGCAACAUGUCAACUGUACCGCAUUAUCGUCACAAAGUCUAAAAGUAUCCUGGCUGGAGCCACCAUUGCAAUUUCACGGUGGCAUAAUUCAGGGCUAUAAAAUUUUAUAUCGGCCGAUUGUGAAUCAGAUUGAUUUUCCGGCAAAACUAGAAAUAAAACGUACAUCGAAUUUGGAAACCUAUCUGCACACACUACACAAGGCGACCAAUUACUCGUUGCGGGUGCUGGCAUACACGGCCACUGGUGAUGGCGUAGCCAGUCAGCCGUUAUAUUGCCAAACGGAGGAUGAUGUACCAGAUGCACCGGCUGCCAUUAAGGCAGCAGCACUAACAGCAGAUUCCAUUUUGAUUUCAUGGCUGCCACCGAGAAAUCGCAAUGGCAUAAUAACCCAUUAUACAGUCUAUUCAAGGGAAGCCGGACGUAAAGGACCAGCAAAAUCUCACAUGGUGCGUGUCGAUGAAUCCGGCUAUCCGGUUACACAUGAAGCACGCAGCUUGGCUGAGAAUCAAAUGUACGAAUUUUGGGUAUCGGCCUCAACAUCGGUCGGUGAGGGUGAGCCAACAUCUGUGGUGGCACAGGCCACAAACACACGUGCCCCAGCAAGAAUAGCCUCAUUCGGUCAGAUUGUACGAAAGGCAGUUGGGACAAGUCUGAUAUUGGAAUGUCUAGCUGUGGGUAAUCCAACUCCCCGAGCAAGAUGGCUAACACGUGACCGACCCGUAACCUUUAGUCCAUUCUAUGAAGUGACAAAUGAAGGAAAUCUAAAAAUACAUCGAGUUGAGGGCAGUCUGUCCGGAAAUUACACAUGUACAGCAAACAAUCUUUUUGGCAGUGAUGAAAUACAAUACCAAGUGAUUGCCAUGAAACCACCGGCCUCACCACAAAUCAUUGUCCAGUAUGCCUCGGCGGAUAGUAUACGUGUUAGUUGGGAUCCACCGGAUGAUGGUGGUGCUCCAUUGCAGGGCUAUGCAAUUUCGUAUCGUAUUAUGGGCGAGACAUGGUCCCAAAUCGAAUUGAUGCCGGAGAAUAAUGCCUACACUAUAACGGGAUUGAAAUGUGGCAAUCAGUAUAUCAUCAAAAUGUCAGCCCAUAAUAUUGUGGGGGAUGGUGCGGCCAGUGAGGAAAUUAAUGUGUGGACCAAGGGUAAAGCAUCCCAGGCUCCUAACAGCAACGAACUAAUUGCAACGAACGCAUCGUGCGUUAAUUUAAAAUUGUCAGCAUGGAAUAAUGGCGGUUGCCCAAUUCAUCAUUUCUCCAUUGAACAUCGUCCUUUGGGUGAUGUUCGUUGGACUGUAGUAACUUCGGAUAUUUCCAAUGCUGAGGAGAACCGUGAAAAUCUAAUAUUUUGUGAAUUUCAACCGGCUAAAUGGUAUCAAUUGCGUAUAUCGGCCACAAAUGAUGCUGGUAAAACAACGGAACAUUAUCACUUCGCUACAACGAAUAUAGAUGGUGUUACAAUACCACCACCUCCCGUCUUUCCAUCGGAAAAUGAUUUAAUGAAUAACCUCAUUAAUGCUACAAAUCCCACCAAUGGCGACUGGCUGUCGACGUUUAUUGUCAUUGUUAUUAUAACUGUGGCCAUAAUAACAAUAGCUUUAACCAUAAAACAUCGUCGCACUCUAUGUGGCCCCCUGGCCGAGGGCUAUGAAUCCCGCACAUUACCGGGUGAAUACAAAGAAGACCAUGACAAUCGCCGCAAUCAGCAGGUGUAUAGUGCUUCACCCGUUAAAACAGUGGACAAAGGAAAUGAAUCAG